AGUCUCCUGUAAACUCAGCACCAACUAACAGCUAUAAGACAACCAGUUUUAAUAAUAAAUUCAUAACUUAAAACUACAACAACAAAAAUAAAAUACAUAGGUAAUAAAUAUUUGCACCUAAAACUUAGAAAUAUAAAGAACAUACUUAAAAAGAAAAAUAGUAAAAAGGCGGCCUUAUUGCUUAAAAUGGUAAUUUACAGACGUAGAACGAAAGUCACACUCGCACUCACGUCGCUUAUAGCCAUCUAUUGUUGCACACAGCUGCUUGACAAAAGUCUGGAUCGCAAUCUUCCUAGAGUAAGACCAGAUACAAUCUUACCAUAUGUGGUGUUUCAUUUGGACUUCAAAGGCGCUCCUCCCAAGUUGAGUUAUAUAACUUCGCUGGUGAACAACUUGAGGCUUCUCGGGGUGACUGCGCUUCUAAUGGAGUACGAAGAUAUGUUUCCCUACGAAGGAACUCUGAAGAAACUGAAGGCACCCAACUGUUAUACUAGAGUUGAGCUUCAACAAUUUCUAUCCAAAGCCGUAAGCUUGGGCUUUGAGAUUAUACCUCUGGUGCAGACUUUUGGCCACUUGGAGUUUGUCCUGAAGCACAAAGAAUAUGUCCACUUGUGUGAAAACAGGAUGGAGUAUGGCUCUAUAUGCCCGAGUAAGAAGGAAAGCAGAAUAUUGAUACGACAGAUGCUUGAACAGAUAUUAACAUUUCACGAAGCGAUCAGUCCAGUGAAACAUUUGCACGUUGGUUGUGACGAAGUGUUCAACUUGAACGAAUGUCAGCUCUGCAGAGAACAACAACUCUCCAACAUUGUACAAUACGAGAGGCACGUAGCUUUUAUCUGCGACACCGUCCACGACCUCUCACCUCACACGACUGUCCUCAUAUGGGAUGACAUGCUCCAGCAGCACAGUGACCUGAUGCAGCCCAUAUCCUUGCCCGUGGAACCAGUGGCCUGGGACUACGCAGCCAACAUCCAACUGAAACCUGCCAACAUCUACAAGUUGUAUAAAAACUAUAAAACAAUAUGGAUAGCGUCAGCAUACAAAGGUGCAGAUGGCGAGACAGCGUUGUACCCAAAUUUAGAAGUCAGGUUUAGGAAUCAUUACAGCUGGGUACAACAGCUUAUGAAGUAUGAAGGACUGACACAGCCGUCUAUAAAGAAUUUCAAAGGUAUUAUCCUGACUGGAUGGUCGAGGUACAAUCAUUUCAAGCCAAUUUGCGAGCUGCUUCCGACGGCUAUACCAAGUAUUGUUGUUAAUCUUCUAUUGAUAAAAUUGUACAAAAACACUACCGGUUCAGAUGUUAGAAAGAAAUGGAAAGACUUCUAUGAGACUUACUUACAUGAAGAAGUUGUUAAAAGCCUUGGUUGUGAUGAGAAUAUUGAUAAAAUAAGUAAGCUACAGCUGAAUUGUAACUAUACUGGAGCUACUUUGGCCGCAGCUAUAGAAAAGUUUGAAGAUUUCUCAACAGCUCUUGAUGUAGUUUACAAACAUAAAAUACAAAAUAAUUUCAAAAAUGUACCGUCACUAAUUCAACAGUUUAGGAUAAACUUAUGGCAAAUUAUGUCAGAGUUUUAUGACGAGUUCGCAAUCGCACAAUAUGUUGACGAGAAAUCAUACGAACUAACAUACAAGUUCAAAGGACUGAAAAGUAGAAAAAAACAUAAUAAUACAAAGUUCCUAACUAACAUUACAAUCACUUAG